AUGGCGGCGACCGAGGAACCGAGACUUGAGGAGUGGGAAGAGGAGGAAGUAAGUGCCACCCGGAAAGCCUGGUCAUCGGUCGUGGUGAUGGCUUCGCGGGUUGUGUUUCGCGCAGGGAGUCCAGAGGCGGCGGCUGGCGGGAGGGAGGCCUCUGGGCGCGCAGAGCCUGGGAGGGAGCAGUUGGUUCUGGUGGAAUUGUCAGGAAUUAUUGAUUCAGACUUUCUUUCAAAAUGUGAAAAUAAAUGCAAAGUUUUGGGAAUUGAUACUGAGAGGCCUGUUAUGCAGGUGGACAACUAUGUCUUUGCUGGAGAAUAUGAAGAUGCUCUUGGGACCUGUGUUAUAUUUGAAGAAGAUGUGGAAGAACAUGCAGAUGGAGAAGGCAGUAAUAAAACAGUGCUGAAAUACAGAUGCCACACAAUGAAGAAGCUCAGCAUGACAAGGACUCUUCUGACAGAAAAGAAGGAAGGAGAAGAAAACAUAGGUGGUGUGGAAUGGAUGCAAAUCAAGGAUAAUGACUCCUCCAAUAGACCCAACAUGAUCUGUAGUUUUCUCCAUGAAAAUGAAGAUGAGGAAGUUGUAGCUCCGGCUCCAGAUAAAUCUUUGGAGUUGAGGGGGCAAGAGAUUCAAAUGAAAGAUAAUUCAGACCUGAGUUAUGAACAGGGGAAACCAUUACACUUGGACAUAGAGGAUUCUGGUCCUCUAAUUGAGAUCCCUUCUUUUGAUACAGAAGGUUUUGUUUUUAUGGAAACUCAAGAUGCUACUUUAGAAGCCACUCCUAGAUGAAAGGUUUCUCGUAAUACCUAAUCAUGAAUUUUUUUAGUUUUUGUAUCCAAUAAUUG